CCUACUGUUCCCAAAGCAAACAUGUGGUCAAUAAAUCAAACCAAGGAGUUUGAAUUUCUGUUUCUUGGAUUAUCUGAGAUCCAAAGUGUUCAGCUUCCACUCUUCCUGCUCUUCCUCCUGAUAUAUACCAUGACCCUGACUGGCAACCUCCUCAUUCUUCUCCUGAUCUUCUCUGAUUCCCACCUCCACACACCCAUGUACCUUUUCCUCAGUAAUCUUGCUUGUGUCGAUGUUUUUUAUUCCUCUACUACCUCACCUCGGAUGCUUUAUGAUUUCUUCUCUAGGAACAAAACCAUCAGCCUCUCCAACUGUAUCACCCAGUUCUUCUUUUUCUUCUCCUUCACCUGCAUCGAGCUGUACUUGUUGGCAGCAAUGUCCUACGACAGGUAUAUCGCUAUCUGCCAGCCAUUGCAUUACAUUCAAAUAAUGCACCCCAAGUUCUGUGCCAAAUUGGCAUCUGCAGCUUGGUCCUUUGGCUUCCUCACCUCCAUGAUUCAUACCAUUUGUACAAAAAAGCUGGCCUUCUGUGGACCCAACACAAUUUAUGGCUUCUUCUGUGACUUACCCCAGUUGUUCUUGCUUUCUUGCACUAAUACAUUUAUUAAUGUCCUGGUAAUGUUUGUUGUUGGAACCUUCAUGGGGUCAGGGGCUCUUGGGAUGAUAUUUGUCCCAUAUAUCCAAAUAUUUCGUACUGUUUUGGGAAUUAAAACCAGGGAAGGGAAAUUGAAAGCCUUCUCCACCUGUACAUCACAUUUGACAGUGGUCAUCAUAUUUUGUAGUACACUGCUCUUUACUUACUUUCGUCCUACACCCAGUACUUAUUUUUCGGGUGAUCGUCUUGUGUCUGUUGUUUACACAGUUGUUACCCCAUUGUUAAACCCUUUGAUUUAUAGUUGGAGGAACAAGGAUCUAAAGGAGGCCUUAUUAAAAACAUUGUAUGGUAUGAGGGGUGUGAAAGUCAAUGCUUUCUAAACAGCCGUAUCAGAGGGUGAUCAUUAAAUAUUGUAAAUCAAAUGACCUGUAGCUAUUAUCACCUUAAAUCCAA